AUCUCGACCAACUACUUUCCUCCCUUACUGAGCAUUUCCAACCCAAUGUUUAAAAAUCAUUGGCUCACCAAUCUCGAUCUCAGUUCAAUGCAUGUCUCUAUCACCGACGACGAAGUUCUAGACCUUGUUUCCGCUUGGCCGGAAAUGGAAUGUCUUUACCUUGACUCAGCCUGGGACUGGGGGAUUUCCUUCAUGGGAGUGACAUUUGGUGGGCUUGCGGGUAUCCUCGAGCGCUGUCCAAAUUUGCGCUCCCUAGGGGUCAACCUAGACACCUUUCCCCCCUACGACUCACCUGUCCACGUCGAUAACCAAAAUACUGGCAUUACCAGGGAGAAAUUCACUGACCUCAGUGUUGGGCAUGCGGCAUGCGAAGAUGUCGAGGCCAUUGGCAACCUGCUAGCUGGGAUAUUUCCCAACUUGACCCAGAUCUAUCGUGCGCAUCCCAUAGAUAUAGAUUAUGAUGAUCUUUCCGAUCAGAAUGAAUGGUUUGAAAGGGGGAAUGAAUGGAAAGAGGUUGAGAGUUUUAUCAUUCAGAAGAGAAUGAAACAACUGAAGCAGAACGACGGACAAAGAUGUACCAACGGAUUGUGUUGAUGCUGCCCAAGUGAACGAGUUUUGCUUGCUCUGUACAAGAUGGCUGCCACGUGAUUCUGUAUAUUAGGGGGACCCGCUCAACAUGCAUGGUGGAGACACCGAGCCGGCACGUUCAACUGUUAUAAUAGUGUUUUACUUGUGCUAGCUUGCUUUUAUAUUAAUGUGGAGGCCGUUUGCAUGGAAGAG